UGUUAGCGCCACAUGCUGUUCAGGUGCCAUGUUGGACUACGGUACUUUUGUAAAGAUUGCACCGAAAUGACUGAAAGAAGUCAGAAAAACAAUGAGAUUAUUGCCGCCUGUGUUCUCUUGUCGCUAUAUAUUUUUCUUGGGGGUUGUUAGUCGCCGUUAAGACGAGCUCGCCUCACUGAACUUUGCAGUUUCUCGGGCGAGCUUAGCUUGCUAGCUGCUAACAAAGACGCGGAAGUCAUCAAGACAUCGCCAAACAGAGGUCAAGUGUGAGUGUGGAAAAGGUAGAAAGCAGUUGUUUCCGCGGCUUUUCUCUUGUCGCUGCAUAUUUUUCGUGAGCAUUGUGACGUACUGUCAAAAGAAGCUCGUCUCAGUGAAUGUUGAAUCUCCUCAGCCUAGCUUAGUUUGCUUGCUGCUAACAGAGACGCGGAAGUUAGCGCAUCGCUAACCAGAGCCCAAGUGUGAGUGUAACGUGUUUAGAUUGUGUGAAAAUGUGUAAAGUGCAAAUGCUGAGAGCGUUGGUGGAUCAGCGACUAACUGCGGCUGUUGAAGAAAUAUUUGUAGUGUUGGAAAGAACGAUAGCAGAGUACGAGGAGGAACUUUCUCGAACAAAAGAGGAGAACGAGCGACAACGUCAACUACUGGACGCUCUUUUCAAGAAGCAUCAAGUUGUAUUACACAGAGCAGAUGUCAGUGAAGAAGAUGUUCCACCUGAACAACAGGAGUGGAGCUCCAGGGCGAAGCAGGAGCAGCCACAGCCCCCCCACAUUAAAGAGGAAGAGGAGGCUCACAGCAUCAGUCAGGAGGGAGAAAAUCUUGAAGGACAGGAGGAGUUCCCAGUGAUUGGUGUCCCUAUGAAGUGUGAAGAUGACGAGGAGAAAGGUGAAUGUAAAGAGAAGAGAGAGGUGGAGCCUCCAAGCAGCAGCUCAACUCAACACAUGACAACAGAAGCUGAUGGAGACCACUGUGGAGGAUCACAAGAAGACAACCUCUUAGCUCCACUAUCAGAUAGUGACGACACAACGUCACACUCUCCUGACACUGAUGAUGAAGGCUCUAAAGCUGAUAUGACAUGUCACACUGACAACACACACUUUAAAUGCUCUCACUGUGGCAAAACUUUUAAUCGCCGCAGUUAUCUGAAAACACACAUGAGAACUCACACAGGAGAGAAACCAUUUGUAUGCUCGGUCUGUGGUAAAAGAUUCUUCUUAAAGGCAAAAUUGAAAGCACACACAAUAAUACACACUGGAGAGAAAUCUUUGUACUGUUCAGUGUGUGGUAAGGGAUUUAGACUAAAUCAAGAUUUGAAAAGACACAUGAGAACACAUACUGGAGAAAAAACAUAUUCGUGUUCAGUGUGUGCUAUGAGUUUUGUACACAAUCAAAACUUGAAAAGACACAUGAGAACACACACUGGAGAAAAACCAUAUUCUUGUUCAGUGUGUCGUGUAGGUUUUGUACUAAAUCAAAACUUGAAAAGACACAUGAGAACACACACUGGAGAGAAACCAUAUUCCUGUUCAGUGUGUGGUAUAGGUUUUGUACAAAAUCAAAAUUUGAAAAGACAUAUGACAACACACACUGGGGAAAAAACAUAUUCCUGUUCAGUGUGUGGUAUGGGUUUUGGACAAAAUUAUUCUUUGAAAAGACACAUGAUCAUACAUACUGGAGAAAAACCAUAUGCCUGUUCAGUGUGCAGUAUUGGUUUUAUACAAUACCAAAAUUUGAAAGUACACAUGAGAAGACACACUGGAGAGAAAGUGUUUAGUUGCAGUAUGUGUGGUGAAAGAUUCUCUUAUAAGUACCAGCUUAACAAUCACACGUGUGCUGGUAAGAACAGCAGCAGUAAAUGAAGCUGCAGGACUUGAAACUCAAGACUUUGAUAACGUAGUUAACAACAUCGCCACACUCUGUAUUCCUUGUUUGUGUGUGUAACUCAAUCUUUUUAAUAUCAUGUAAAAUGAAACAAAUGAACUUACAUACUUUUAUGAAUAAAUAAGUAAA